AUGUCUUUUGUAACCCUGAGCAACACCACCAUUGAAUCCGGCAAGCUUUACUCUGACUUUAUUGCUUUCCUUUACGGUCCUCCUUUGAGCGACAAUGACUUUAUGCUGUGGGUAUUGCAGCACUACGCCACCAGCCUUUUUUGUGCCACUGACGCUUCUACUGAAGUUGUCUUGCUGUCGCUAAUUUUUGCACAGCGUUAUCUCGCUGCUGCUGCCGCUGCUGCUGCUUCUGGUACGUCUGUUAGAAGUGUUCGCCCGUUACCCAGCACCACCGAAGAACAUUACUUGCUUGCAACGGUGUCAUGUCGCUUGGCCUUUAAGUGGCAUGAUGACCGCCAUAUGUGGUGGAGUGAAGUGGAUUGGGACCUUGCAUCUGGUUUGGCUGACGAUGUCAUUGACAAGUUUGAGUGGGACUUCGUCAAGGCGAUCAACUACGAGCUUUUCGUAUCGGAAGCUGAUUUCAACACCUUUGCUUCCACAGUGGAGAUGAUUGUUGUUCCUCCUCCUUCUCCUCCUUCUCCUCAACCACAGCAACAACAAGAUCCACUCGACUUCAUUGCUUCGUCAUCACCACCACUUGUCCCCGUGAAGCUCGAGCCACCAUCACCAAUGCCAACUAUCAAGCUCGAGCCUGAGUCACCCCGUUUCCUCCCUUAUGUUCACGUAAAGGUCGAGGAAUUGGAUGACUCGAGUGCCUUGCUCGCUUCAAUGGCUGCUCACGAGGAUUACUUGCGCUCGGUGAGCAUGCCAGUUGCCACCCCCACACCCAACAUCACCCACAACGACAUUACACGGUUUUCUGUGUAA